UCCAAGCGCUGAGCGGCCGGUUUUUGGGGGAACAGCCGGUAGUUGCAAAGCAGGAGACAGAAUGGAUGAUCUAAGUGAGAAUACCACAGUCUUCUCCACUUUACGUUCCUUCAACAACUUUUUGUCAGAAGGUUCGGCUACAAUACCCAGGACUAGCGAGCCAAGCUCUGUCUCUAGGAUGUUGCAGUUGCAGUACGAGCAGAGAAUACAGGCCGAAGAGCAGGCUGACUACGUUCGUUCGCAUUCACGCAUUCUAGAGGUGGAAUGGGAGAAACAGAAGAUGGAGGUCAGUCAUAAACGGGCCAGGAUUGAGCUGGAGAAAGCAGCACAAAAUAGUUCGUGGAACUAUGAGCGGGAGGCAGAUCGAAACCAGGAGCUAAUAACCCAGGUGAAACAACUGCGGGAGAAGGAGGCAGAUGUUGAGACAAAAUUGAAGGAUCAGGUUGAUAUCAAUAAGUCAUUGAAAGAGGACCUUGGGCUUCAAAGUAAGAAACUCCAAGAAAAAGAAGAAAAGCUUGCUGAAGCUAAUCGGAUGAUUGAUGUCUUGAAAGCUAAGAUAUCAGAACAGCAGCAGCAACAGAUGACUCAGGAAAUCCAGCUGACAACAUUGAACACGGAGUGCCAGGAGCUACGUGAGCAAGUGGAAGUGCAACAUAAGAAGUGGCAAGAGGCUGUGCAAAAGAUUCAGACACUUGAAGCUGCUCAAGUGGUUAAUGCUGAGAAUGAGCAGAGAUUGAAGGAAUUAGAGAAUAAAAUGACUCAGCAAGAACAAGACUCGGUGAUUGUAAAGAACAUGCGGUCAGAUCUAGCUCGAAUCCCUGAACUGGAGAAAGAGCUUCGACAGCUGAAGGAGAAGAAUGCCUAUUGCAAGGAAGUGGAAGAUAACAAUUCACUGAUGAAAGAAGAAAUAGAAAGUCUUCGUAAAAAGCUUGAACGUCUUGAGAAGUUAAAGGAAGAGAAGGUUACUCUGGAAUUGGAGAAUGAGAAAUUACUGGCCAAGUUGCAAAGUUGGGAGAAUGUGGAACAAACUUCAGGAUUAAAUAUUCG